UGCCAAAAGCAGCGCUUGGAGUGGACGCUGCCAAGCCUGCUUUGUCUGAUUGGACAGCCGAGAUGGGAGGUUGACUGCCGUACGACGGUUAGGAUCGCAGCAGGCGGGCUAUGUGGUUCUAGAUAUUUAAUCCGUCGUCAUGUACUUUUUAUGUUGUAUAUGAAAAGAUUCCACGACCCCUCCUCUCAGAGCCCUUGUCCCUUGGUUUCAUGUGGUUGUUUCACCCUACUCGUGAAAUAUCCGAGAUCACUGACCAAACCUUGCUCUGUUCCGAACGUAUUCGCUGUCCAACAGCUUCAACAUAUUUAAUCCCACGUAUUCACCUGAGCUUUCCCCAGCCCCUAGGACAACCAUGAGCGCCAUCCAACGAAACAUCGAGGCUUCCUCGGCCCGUUACUCGGCCUCCUUCACCCACGGCAGCCUCGCCCUGCCUCCGGCAAAGAAAUACCUCGUGCUCACCUGCAUGGACGCUCGGAUCGAUCCCGCCCAGGCAUUUGGCAUCGAACUGGGCGACGCACAUGUCAUCCGCAACGCUGGCGCUUCCGCGCAGGAUGCCCUGAGAUCGAUUGUCAUUAGCCAGCAGCUGCUUGGGACGAACGAGAUUGCUUUGGUCAAGCAUACCGGCUGUGGCAUGCUCACCUUCAAGAAUGAGGACGCAUAUGAGCUUGUGCGGGAGAAGCUGGGCCAGGAGGCGGUUGAGGAGCUUUGUCAGGCAAACCUUGAUUUCUUGCCGUUUCCGGACUUGGAGAAGGCCGUGGAGGCUGAUGUCGAGUUCCUGAAGCGGUCGAAUCUCGUCCCCAAUUCGGUUCUUAUCAGUGGGUGGGUGUACGAGGUUGAGACGGGAAAGACGAGGCGGGUGGUUUGACCUAACCUGGAACCCCUGGGCUUGGCUGGAUUUCUGCUUAUGCCGCUAUACGCGAGUGCUCGCCGUCUUCCAGGAACUGGAUAUUUGCGAUUCAGUCACUUGUUUGCGUAUCGACGUUGUUUUCUGCCUUGGUUUAUUCUCUCGAUAUUUGGCCCUGCUUAGCUGCCCCGACCCCUUUGGCCCCGGUCCUAUGUUGAGACCCUUCCAGACUGGCGAUAGGUUCGACGUAUUUGGCAAGAAACUGGGGGAUACAUCAUACUCCUAGGCCACGCAAUACUCAAAUCAAACCUAUAAGUCGCCAAAAGCCGGGUUCAUG